AUGGACGAGCAUGAUUCUGUGUGCCCCGUUGUGCCCGUACCUGAUUCCGAGUGCACGCUUGCGCUUCAGGUUCCUUGCAUAGCUCCUCCGGAGCCCGUUCUUGUUGUGCCCCCGGUCUCGUCCGUUGGUGCUUCCCUGUCCUCCGUGCACCCACCUUCGGACCCCCCCCACGCCGAGCCUUCCCCUCUACUGUCCGUUGGUGCUUCCGCUUCUGACGUGCACCCACCUUCGGACACCCAUGCAGCCUCACUUGACCCCCUUCGGCCUGACCAAUGCACUCUUGCGUGUGCCAACGGCGCAAUGCCUGCUUCUGCACUGCCUCUUCAUACGCCGUUUGAGGCGCCCGUUGCUGCAGAUUCUGACGACCAUCAGGACACUGCCCCUUUGCUGGCUUCCUCUGUGAGUGGCCACUUGCAGCCUGCUUGCACACUGCCUGUUCCAACACCGCAUCCGUUGUCUGAUGACCUGGCGUCCCUGCCUGCGUCGCACAUACCGAGCCCCGCCUUCAUCUCCAGUGUCAGUGCUUGCAACACCGAAAUCCGUGCCCAAGCCGCCUCCUUUGUCAUCCGGAUCACCGGGCUCCUUUUCCAUUGUGUCCGGUUCAAUUCACCUGGCACCCCCGCAAGCAGUCACGCUAUCCCGCAAUAUUUGCUUGCACACAAGCGACCAGCUCGGCCGUUGCCUGCGCCCGUGGUGGCUGCUGGGACGUCCUGUGUCCAGCCGGCCCCAUACAUCCGCAAUCUCACCGCUCCACUUUCCCAUGACGCCCGAGGCUCCGUUGCAACACAGUCCUCAAUCAUAUGUGCGUUCGAGUCUGCUCGUGACAAGCUCGUUGCACGCUGGCUGUCCUGUGUCACCAUUCUGGCCGGGGUGUCUGCACUGUUUGUCGAAGCCUCCGCGUCCUCCGAUCCGGAGUUUUUCAUCUGUCGUGUCGUCAUGACACAUGCGCCUUCCACUCUGCAGCGUUACCUGGACAUGUGGUCCGCCUGGUGCCUGUACUGCGAAAUCCGCAGAUCUUCUACUUACGACCCGCAGCCUGGUGUGUUGCCCGACUGGCUACGUGCUCGCUGCAGCACCCAAGGUCUAGCCACUAUGCCUUUCAAGGCCCUCUCCUGGGUUUCCAAAAAGGCCGGCCUUCCACUGCUGCGCCGCCAGCUGGAGAGUGCUAUUAUCCGUGCUUUUUUGUCACCGUCAGCCCCAGUCGAACACCGAGAGAGCCUUCCGUUCUCCUUGAGCUUUACGGCUUGGUUGGAGGCCCGCGUUCUGUGCCCAGACACUCCGCCUGCAGAGAUUUUCAUGUUGGGAGUCUUGCUUGCAGCAAUCUGGGCCUCCCUUCGUUGGGGCGACCUCCUUUGGAUUCCGCCGGCCCGCUUGCAUUUUCAGGCCCCCUCUUGUGCACUGGUGGGCAUUUGUAUCCGCACCAAGACGACUAAGUCGGGAAUGCCUUGGGGCAUUUACUCCCCCGGUCUGCUCGGUUCCGCUGCUGCUUCCUGGACAACCCGCUGGCUGUCCGUUGUCAAGCAAGUUCUGGCCGACACCGCUGCCCUGCAUCCGCAACGCGUGAUCGAUUUUCUGCCUGCCAUCCUCUCAUCGGACCAUAGUCACCCAACCAUCAUAAAGCCGCUGUAUCGCGACCAGGCAGUGCCGUGGAUCCGCAGCCUGCUCUGCCAUCACUGGAACCUACACAGCACUGAGCCGUUGCCUUCUGCGUUUAACUUGAUUGCCGCUCAUUCCGCCAAGACCACCAUACUGUCCUGGGCCCGCCAGCUGGAUAUGCCGGCCGAGCCCAGGCGCAUUCAAGGGCAUCACCGGUUAUCGGGUUCUGAUAAAUCCGUGGCGCUCUACAGCCGCGACGAUAUCGGCCCGAUGCUCUGUUGUCAACGCACGGUGAUUUCCUGCAUACGUGCCGGGUUUCGUCCAUUACAGCCACUGGCCCGCGGUUGCGUUCAUCCGCUGCCAGACUUUCCAGUUGACCUGCCUUCUUCUUCUGCCUUACCUCGAGUCCGCUGGUCCGCGACAAGGCCUGGCCCGCCCUCUGCACAGCCUGCCGAUGACAUGCUCGAACCCUCGAGUCUACACCAUGAUGCCGGCAUAUCCGAGGUCUCAGUGGAAGCCGACAUACCAUGUGCUCCGCUCUCACAUGACCCUGACCCGCCGGUCUUGCCCGACCUUUUGCCGGACUACGAGAGAGCCCCUACUCCUCCGGUCUCUAGUUGCUCUUCAGAGAAUGAUUGUGGGUCGGUCUGCUCGGAGCCGCCCUCUGACCCUGAGGCGCUGGAAGUGGAAAGCGCUGCAGCGCUGCAACCUCCCUCGCCUUCCGCCUCACCCGCUCUCUUGCUUUACAAUUCGCGCAGCAACGUGACGCAUGCCGCGUCCCCGUGUGACCCCAAUGCCCCACGCGCGCUUUGGUUUCCUGCUCACUUGUGCUGGCUCCGCCCGGCGUGCGGUGCUCAAACAGACAAGCUCGAUCAAGCCAGCGUGGUUGAGUCGCCCCCGCCGGCCUGCACCUUGUGCCUCCGUACGGCAUGCGCCAAACGCUUCGACGCCUUGGAUUAG